UGCAUGGCCACCGAGGACAACCUCUUCUGACUCUUGAGUACCUCGUCUCAAGUCUAUCAAUAUUCGAGGCUUCCAUGGACCACGAUAUCAUCUACGCUCUGCUCGCUAUCGCGAAAGACACGACUCCCAUGGCAAGCGAAGAGACCGGAAGGCUGGCUCUGGAUCACACGCAGCACGUUCUCGAAAUCUUCACGGAGAAGAAACGAUACAAAGUCGAGUACGAGAAACCAUUUGUCGAUGUGUGCAGAGAUUUUGUCCAGUUCUGUAUCGAGCGUUCGCUAGAAACAGAUAAAACGCGGGCACUGGAUGUAAUCUGCAGGCCCUGGGCACCGGAGGGAGACAAUGGGACCGAACGACCAAGCUUGUCUGGAACGAAGAAAUCCAAACACAAGAAGAAAUCAAAGGGAAAGAUGAAAGCCACCAACACCGAAGAGGUCACUGGCGAUCAAAAGCCGGGCAGCAACCAAAAACCUGGAACUGCUUCAGAGCAGAAGGGAGUAGAAAAGCCUCUUAAUUUACCCUCCUGGAUCUCCAGGCUGUCUGGUGCUUCAUAUGCCAUGUAUUCUCAUCCAGGGAUGCACAGUUCGAAGAUGGGACGCAAGAAUGCAGACUCACUUGUGGGACUUCCCACUCUAACCCAGCGAAACUACAACGCUGCCGAGAGGAAAGGGGUCGAUAUGAAGACCUUACGAUUCAGGAAGCGUCCAAACGUGGGUCAAGGCCAUUAUAGCCUUUAUCUCAAAGGUUUCCAGCUGGACACUAUCACUGACGUAUAUCAUUCUUCCCAAGGAGGAUCGAUUCCUUCAGAAUGGGCCAAAGCUGGUGGAUGGCACAAGGCACCAAAAGGACCGCCACCCGAUGAGUUUUGGCGUACUUUGGUUGCCGAUCGUGGUCGAGAUGGGAGGAAUCCGCCGGUUUACUAUGCUCGUGCAUGCCAAGAGUCCUUUUUGAAGGGAGGAUUAAUGAGUGGGUCUGUCAACACGACCGACUUGAUCAACAACGAACGCUGUUCGGUGGUUGCCCAAUUUUGUCGCCGAGUGCAAGCUGUUAUAUGGAACAGGUCUCUGAUCAAGACAAAGUCAAUGAAACUCGGACUGGUUGACAAGAAGGUUGAGAAAGGAGAUUUGAUCUGCAUCCUCUAUGGCUGCAGUGUUCCAGUUGUACUCCGAAGGAAUAAAGAGAAAAGGUCGAAAGAUGAGAUAGAUGCUGAGAUAGUGGAGGAUAUUCGACAAUGGUGGAAGGAAUUUUGCCGUAAGCUUGAGGAUUACAAGAAGCGUGUACGAGUCUUCAAAGCGAAGCGGCAAGAGGUAAAGCAGGAAUACAUAGAUUGGGAUACUAAAAAAAAGGCUGAGUGGCGGAAAGAUACAAAUUGGAGGUCGACAUGGGCUGCCCGGCAACUCGAUAAGGAUUGGUGGAAGGCGUGGGAAAAGAAAUGGGCAGAGGGCCAUCCAUCGACAGAAAAGAAGAAGGAUGAGCCCGAGAAUUCCGGUGGUACAUCGGAGAAGGGAAAGGACGAGAAGAAGAAAAAACCGUUAGAGCUAAAGAAUGAUGACGAAUGGUGGAAAGCUUGGGAGGAAAAGAAAGCAGAAGAGAGGAAGUUUCUGGGGAAGCUUGAACACUCUGGCGAUCUAGAGAUGUACGAAAAGCUCCAAGCACUCGACGACGAGAAAGCCCCUUGGCGAGCAAGCGAUAAGGAGUGGUGGAAGCAAUGGGUCCUCAAGAAGUCAAAACAGAGGACAGGACUCACUGGCGGUCCGUCCCUGAGCAACAACCAUGAAAGAAGCAAUAUCAUAUGCGACAUGAUGCUCCAAUUCAUCCCCUGGAGGGUGGAUAUAAUCAAAAAGAAGAUUCCACUCGAUCGGGAAUUCAACCAUUGGAAGUCUGAAAAACGCGAGCAAUACAAGGAGAAGAAGACGCUGGAUACAGAAUGGAAAGAACCUUCUACAAACUGGGCCGAAUUUGAACUAGCUCGCAAAUAUGGCGUACGGUGGAAGAGAACCCUUCCUAAAUAUAAGCCGAAACCGAAGGAGGUAGUUGGCACCAAGACUACAGGGUCUGCACCGGCGAAGACAAACGGUGAAUUGUCCCAAAAGGUAGCAGUAACGCCAGUGCCUUCAGCAGUUAUCAAUCCAGCCAACCAAGUUGGCUUUGUUCAAGACAAGAAGGAUGGGUCCAAGUUAGGGGAUGAUGUCAAAGGUGACGCCCAAGUGGGUGCCAAAGCGGUGAUCAGUGAUACGAAUGAAGAACUUCAAGCAGCCAAGACCGGCCAACCCGACCCCACAAAUCCAAGUCAUGUGGGGGCCAAUCCGGGCGAAGGUGGUUCAAAGACAAACGGUCGUUCUCGACCGAGAUCUUCGACACCUAGCACCCGAAGAUCUGCAAAAUCGUCAGCCGAGGAGCAAGUCUCUCGCCAGACGACGGACAAAGAGACAGAUCCACCUGUACAAACUGGAAUAGGCCUUAUGGAAUCUGCUAUUCCAGGACUCGAUCUUGAAGAAGAAGAAAUGAGGGAAAAAGAAAAAGCGGAAGCUGAGAACAAGGAGGAGGAGGAGCAGAAUCGAAAAAACAAGGAAGAAUUGUUGGAGUAUGUGAGGAAAGAGCGGAAGGAUUAUUAUAGCCCGUGGCAUUACGAGUUCCUCGGAGAGUGCUAUAUUCAUGGGAUGAUGGAUGGUGAGGCCAUGGCUGCUCAGAAUCGUGAUGCGAUACCGACGACGCUGUUUGAGUUGCGGUAGUCAUUUCAGUAUGUUUGGUGGUUUCGUCUCUUCGCUCGAGUAAUUUAAGUUGCUCUAUUGUCUGUUCUUGGGGCUAUUUUCAUUUCGGUUAGUGCAAUGUGAUGGGAUAUAAUACAUUGGGACAAUUUCCAGCUUACCUGCUGCCCUCGCCAAGUCACUUUAUCCACUUGGAUAAAUGUGCAAUGCUAUACUAUUUUUUUAUUUUCUGCAGAUUGCUUUAAAAGAG